AUGGAACUCACAGAUGAUAUAGCUUCAGUACAGUGUCUGUUGCCCGUCAUCACUCAUAACCCUUCGCUGAUGUAUGGACUCCGUACCUCUGACACAGUUUCGCUGAUAGACGAUACUGUUGUGAUUGCAGCAGUUUCUUCCUUAAAUGCCAUCCAGUCAGUUACGUGGGAUCGCGUUCGCGUUGCCACUUCAAGUGACCCAGACAUGCACACCCUACUGGCUAUUAUCGAGUCUGGUGUGCCGGACAAUCGCCAGGGGAUCCCAGAAACACUGCGAGAGUUUUUCUCUUUUCGAGAUCACUUGCACACGGCGGACGGAGUGAUUCUAUACAAAGAUCGAGUGGUCAUUCCACCAUCUCUUAGACAGGAGGUUCUGGACUCGUUGCAUUCCGCACACCAAGGUGUUACAGCGAUGACGGCUAGAGCAGAAUCCUCAGUCUUCUGGCCAGGAAUUACACCAGUCAUCAGCGAUCUACGUGCAACCUGUCAGCAUUGCAACCGUAUAGCUCCUUCCAACCCUAGCGCACCACCAACGCCAUUGACAGACCCAGAUUACCCAUUCCAGUGCGUGUGCGCCGAUUACUUUCACUAUAAGGGCUGUAACUACUUUUUGGUGGUCGAUAGAUACUCCAACUGGCCAAUAGUUGAGCAAGCACAUUGCGGAGCUGAUGGUUUGAUAGAAUGCCUUCGUCGUACGUUCGUCACUUUUGGCAUCCCUGAUGAAUUGGCCUCUGACGGGGGACCUGAAUUUACAUCCACUGCCACCCGCAAGUUUCUAAAGAAUUGGGAUGUCCAUCAUCGUCUCUUAUCAGUGGAUUUUCCUCAUAGCAACUGUCGUGCAGAGGUUGGGGUUAAAACUGUGAAACGCCUCAUAAUGGACAAUACAAAACCAGACUGGGGUCUUGAUACAGACUCUUUCCAAAGGGCCAUACUUCAAUACAGAAACACACCAGAUAGAAACACUAAACACUCUCCAUCCAUGUGCGUUUUUGGUCGCCCUAUUCGUGAUUUUAUCCCCAUCCCACCUGGCCGAUAUCAACCCAUGCUACUUGGCACGACACAUUAG